CGCUCGUGGGGAGGGAUCGGUGCGGUAGUGGGCUUGGCCGCGUGCUGGUCUGUGCUGGUGAGCCAGCUAACGCCUCCGACGGGGAAGCGUCACCUCCACCUGAGCCAUCUGGGUAGUGGGUGCGAGCCUGCCCGGACGUCUGCCCGUUAGACGUCCUGGGUACGGAUCGCCAGCUUGCCGUCUGAGAUCGGCGCCUUCGCAACGGGGCUGCAGCGGCGGCACGAGACGUCUGACCGUCCGACGUCACGUGACCGCACGGGGCGACGAUGGCGGGCCUUGCCGGAGCGGCGGCCACGCUGCUGCUGCUGGCGCUGGCGGCGCCCGCUCAUGGCGACUUCACCACCUCCUGCCCGGCCGCCUGCAAGUGCAUGUGGGUGUCGGGAAAGCGGAAGGCCGAGUGCAUCGACAUCGGGCUGACGGCGGUGCCGCGCGGCCUCAGUCCUGACAUCCAGGUGCUGGACCUCUCUGGCACCGACAUCCAGGAGCUGCCCAAGGACGCGUUCCACAGCGUCGGCUUGGAGCACCUGCAGAAGCUGUACAUUCGGCGCUCGAGCCUGGCCAGGAUCGACCGGCACGCGUUUCGCGGCCUGAGGCUGCUCAUCCAGCUAGACCUCUCCAACAACGCCAUCGCCAAGUUGCACCCGGAGACGUUCAGCGACAACGAGAAGCUGCGCCAGCUAUUGCUGUCGGGCAACCCGCUGCAGACGCUGGCGCCGCUGCAGUUCCCGCCGCUGGCGCACCUGCAGCGGCUGGACCUCAGCGACUGCCGACUCACCAGCGUCGCUGCCAAGGCCUUCCGCAACCUGGCCGGCCUUGAGAAGCUGCACCUCAACGGCAACCAGCUGGCCGUGCUCGAGUCGGACGUGUUCCAGUCGUUGUCGCUCAAGUGGCUGACGCUGCAUGACAACCCAUGGCGCUGUGACUGCCACCUACGGCUGCUGCGCGACUGGCUGGUGAACACAGCCUCUACCAGGAGGUCACCACGUGCGCCUGAGCCCGAGCGGCUGGUGACCAAGUCGUGGCGCGUGGCGCGCUCCGAGGAGUUCGCCUGCCGGCCGCAGAUCUACAUCCCCGAGCCGACCGUCGUGGCCCACGUCGGCCGCAACGCGACGCUGCGCUGCCAGAUCUCCGGCAACCCGGCGCCCGACACCAACUGGGUGAUGAGCGGCCGCAUCAUCGCCAACAACACGCGCAUCCCGUUCACCGGCCAGACGUACGUCAUUCGCGAGGAAGGCACCGUCAACCGCUGGACCAACCUGACGGUGAGCAACAUCACCGCGCAGGACGCCGGCCAGUACCUCUGCGUCGGUGUCAACCCGGGCGGGGUGGUGGAGCGCAACGUGACACUGGUGGUCCCCGGCGGCGCCGGCGCGGUGGUGCCAGCGGCGCCGGGCGGCACGCCGUCGGGCGGCGCGCGCCUCUCGCGGCCUCUGCUGCUCGGUCUGGUGAUCGGCGCCGUCGGUCUGCUGCUGCUGUCGCUGGUGGUGCUGCUCUGCUGCUGCUACUGGCGGCGGCGGCAGCGCAGCCAGCCGGACAAGCCGGUGCCCGACGAGCGGCCGGCGCUGCCGUACGGCGCGUCCAUCAGCGCCGACAGCAAGCCAGAGCGGCUCGGCGAGUACGAGAAGGUGCCGCAGACCGACAUCGAGAUGGAGCGCGUGCGCACGCCGGCCGUGCUGACGCAGCCGCGCCGCGCCGCCGCCGACGACGAGCGCACGCGGCGCUACAGCCUGCCCGACUCGCCGAUGACGUGGGACGGUCGGCGUCGCGGCGACUACCCGGACCUGCUGCACCUGCCACGCCGGCCGGGCCGCAGCUCUCCGGCCGGCAGCUCGUCCAGCUCCACCCAGCCCGACCAGACGCGCCUGCUUGCCGGCCGCGGUCCGGAGCCCGUGUACGACACGCUGGGGCCGCGCACCACCGCCGACGGCAGCUCUCGGCUCAGCCUCAGCUCCAACGGGCCCGAGACGCUGCCGCCCUACUACGUGGCGCUGGACGCGCCGACCUGA